CCGUAUUAGCAUCUUAAGACAUACGAAAAUAAGAACCGACUAAUAUGAAUACCGGCGAAAGAUUGCAAAUUUAAGAUUAGAUUUCGAUUAAUCGGAUAACAUCAAUUUUAAUCUUUUGUUUUGAUUAAUUAAUUGUAAUUUGUAAUUUGCAAUCUUCGAUUUUCUAUCUAUAACGAACUUAUUUCAAAAUUGGACAAAAUGCAGCAACACCUGCGAGCGCUAUUUUUGAACGCCUUUAGGAACGCAGCUCUGUUUUUCGUUACGACAUAUGUAUUUUAUUUUCAGAAAGUUGACAGCUUUGUUCGCAAUUCGCAAUACGAAUCGAAGUAAACAAAUGUUAGGUUAAUCUCGUACUUGCCGUAUAUAGACGUGUUUGUUUGCGUGCAAUACUGUUAAUUUGAAUUAUCUACAUAAUCAUUCCUUCGACGUGAUAACAGUCAAUUUGAAGCUUUUUUUAAGAGACGAUUGUAAUAAAACUAGCGCGAACGAGGUAAAGAGAAUUUUAAUCGAUGCAAAAUGCAAGCAGAGGUAAAUGGCAUAUUGGAAGAGUCGCUGCAAAAGGCCAGAGAAUACGACAGGAAUGGAAAUGUUGGAAAAGCUUUUGCAUAUUACAUUAUCUUUGCGGAACUAUCUGCAAGGAGAUCGGAGAUUGAAGAAACGUUUACAGAUGUGCUGUGCGAAUGGGGAAUGCAGUUAGCGAAAGAAAACAAAUUUUCAGACAUUGUAAAUUGCUACAAAGUUUCCUUGAGUAUUUACCCAAAUAACCCUCGUAUGCUAAAUAAUUUUGCGGCGCACUUGUUAAGGAAUAACGAUCCCAUAAGGGCGAUAGAAUAUUUAAAAAGAGCUUUGAAAGUUGAUGUUAACUUUCUACCGGCAGAGCGAAACUUGCAAAAUGCGUAUAGUAUGGCGGUGGACAGGUGGCAUUUCACGAUGCUAAAUGACAAGCAGAGAAACAAUGCUUUUGAGAAGGCCAUACGUAAGAGAGUCAGUCAGGGAUAUGAUACGGUAUUGGACGUAGGGACUGGUACGGGUCUUUUGAGUCUGUACGCAAAAGAUGCUGGAGCAACGAAAGUUUACGCAUGCGAAUGCUCUGAAGCGAUGAUGCUGAUUGCGAAGGAAGUGUUUGAAUCUAAUAAUGCGACUGAUAUAAAAUUAAUACCAAAACUAUCAUUCGAUCUUAAAGUACCUGCAGAUAUUCCAGAAAGAGUAAAAUUAAUAGUGACUGAAACGUUUGACGCUGGCUUAUUUGGAGAGCUUGUAAUACCGUCUAUGAUUAACGUGCACAUGAACAUUUUAGAUUUAAAUGGCAUGGUAAUACCUAUGGGCGCGACGGUUUACACAGCAGCCAUUGAAUGUGAAUACAUUAGAUACAGAUCGUCGGUGGUUUUUGACAAAGUAAAAUAUCACUGUCCUUUAAACUUUGACAACGUGUCUAUACUGUCAGACGACGAAUAUUACGAUACGGAAAACCUGGAAAAAGUUCAAAUUAAUUACGUCACAGAGCCACACGUGCUCUUUAAUGUAAACUUUAACAAUUUGCUAGAAUUGUACGAAUUCUGCAAGGAUGGGAUAAAGCAGAUGCUACAAACAAAAUGUAGAUACGACGGUAUCAUAGACGGUUUAGUCACUUGGUUCAAGCUACAUCUUGACGAGGAGAUCAUGUUGGAUUCCUCGGAUGGAAAAUCUUGUUGGCAAUUUGCUGUUUUCCCGACGAUGCCGACCGUAUGUCGCGAAGGUGACGUCUUGACGAUAAAAGCGGAAACCUUGAAGGGCAAACUAAAAUGUUCUUAUAGCGCGGGUAAUGCGCGAUUCAAUGAGAAUUGUACAACUUUGUAUCAUUUGCCAAAAGAAGUCAUUGCCUUCCUAAAUGACUUCGAUUACGUCAAACUGCUCACAGAAAUUGGUAGAUCUCAAGAGAAUAGAAAAAUGAAAUAUAUUUUGGAUACUUCGCCUUUUCCAAUCUACGGAUUGACUCGUUUAAAGGAAUGUAAAGAUAGCGAAAUUUUAUAUUACAAAACUGACAAUCCAACGCUACGUGUUCUGAUUGAACAAAUAGCCCGUGAUAGCGGACUGCAAGGGAAAGUGCAGAUGAUAUCAAACUAUGAGGAAAUUCCAUGUUUUCUAGAUUCCAUAUUUAUUCAUAACUUUGAUAUUAAAGGUGAAUUGAAAGAUGAUCAAGAUAGUUAUGAAAUUUCCAGGAACUUACUUAAAACGAACGGCGUGUUAUUGCCGGAAAAGAUUUUCCUUAUGGGACAAUUAGUGUACUCGGAAGAUUUACCCAAUAUGGUUUAUGUACAAGAUGCAAAUCUUCAAAGAUCAUGUUCAUUCGGUACCUCCAUUGAUACGAGCUCGGACAGCGAGGAUGAUCUGCAUGUGCGGGAUAAUAUAGCCAAUAAUAAAAGUACAAAUUACAUAAUCGCUGAAUACAUAAACAAAUAUAAGAUCAACCAAAUAUUCGAUUUGAAUUCGAGUUUAUAUUCAUGUGAGAUUAUGUCUGAGACGCAAAUACUGGCAGAAAUAAAUGAAACCGAGACUACCGAAACAAUCGUAAAUUUUGGCGAAAUAAGUAACAAAGGAAAAAUUUUGCCAAAUGCCUUAAUAUGUUGGUACAAGGUUCAGCUCAGUCCAUAUCACGUACAUGAUACAAAGAAGAAUGAUUCUUUCAUGAAUCAUACGGCAAUCGUCCUCGAAGAUAAACUGAGAGAUAUUAUUCUGAGAGAUAAAGAAGUAAAAAUUAAAGUCCACCAAAUGAAAGGUUUAGUGAAAAUUACAAUACUUAAUUUGUAAAAAUUUACAAGAAUAAACUAUUUUACAAUUUUAUACAAAUUU